GCUCUAAAACCAAUGAUAAGCAUAGAGUGAUAAAAUACUGAACAAGACGAUAAAUUUAAAAAACAUUUUGUGGUUUAUUCCUUAAGAGUAUAUAAGAGUCAAUUGGCAGUUAAUUUUUAAAGAUAAUAAAUUUUGAACCAGUGCAUUUUAAGCUUUCAGUAUGAUCACAAGGCUGCCCUCUUUUAUAAGUAUAUUUCUUAUUUUCUUGCAAUUUUGUUACGGGCUACAAAUUGUACAGCAACAAGACGAUGGUGAACUGAUCUUCACUAGCAUUUUGUACAGGCAUGGCGAACGUACACCUGAAGAGCCUUAUGCGAACGACCCAUACAAAGAUGACUCCUACUGGCCAAUCGGAUGGGGGCAGCUAACAAAUAAUGGAAAACGGCAGCAUUUCGAGCUGGGGAAAUGGCUGAGGACGAGGUACACGAGCCUCAUGCGGGGCGGCAGAUACUCCAAUUCCUUGGUCUACGUGAGGAGUACAGAUUGGGACCGAACUCUGAUGAGUGCCCUAUCCAACCUGGCUGGAAUGUUCUACCCGACUCCAGCAGAGCUCUGGAGCGAUAUCAAAUGGCAACCCGUUCCAGUCCACACCAUACCCAAGCAACUAGACAAGCUUCUUGCUAUGCAGUAUCCCUGCCCUAAAUAUCGGGAACAGUUAGAAGCGUUUUACAAUAGCGGUCUGAUGAAAAAUUACAACCAAAAGAACCAAGCAUUGUAUGAUUACCUGACUAAGCACACUGGAGAACCAGUGGAUGAUCCAAUCAAAGUCCAAUACCUGUACUCAACAUUGUACAUUCAGACAUUAAACAAUUAUACACUUCCUGCAUGGACCCAGGGUGUAUUUCCUGACAAAAUGUACGACAUCUCUGCUUUCGGAUUCAAAAUGCCAGUAUACACAAACACGCUCAAAAGGCUAUUCGGAGGUCCAUUAUUAAAAGAAAUAAUACAUCACAUGAAAGCAAAAAAAUCUGGAACGCUGUCUCCGGACAGGAAUAUCGCAGUCUACUCGGCACACGACACUACGGUAUCUUCUUUGUUGGAAACCAUGGGCGUUUUCGAAACUCACAUGCCUCCAUUCACAGCAACAGUGCUGGUCGAGUUAAGGAAAAAGAAUGAUCAAUAUACUGUAUCUGUUUACUACAAGAACUCAACUGCCGAACCGACCCUACUUACCAUACCUCGGUGUACACCAUCGUGCCCUUUGAAUGAGUUCGAGGAACUCUUGCAGGAUGUCAUCCCUCAGGAUUGGGAUGCUGAGUGUAAAACAUUAGUGAGGAAUCCAAACUUUGAUCAAGGGUUACCAGAACUAGCAGAAAAUGAACCUAGAAACAUCAGAAGAUAUAUUACUACGAGAAAUCGUAAUAGUUGGUGAGCGGACGAAAAAAUGGAAACUCUUAAUGAACAAAACAACAACAUGGAGUUGAAACAUUAGUCUAUGAUCAGACUUCUGAAAAUAAAUUUUCAGAUGGAUGUGUAUAGUUUCAUAAAUAAAUACAACGGUUCUACAGUGAUAAAUUUAAAGCUAUGUUUAAUUUAUUAUAAAUAUAAUUUAUGUAAAUAUUAAUUAGUAAUUAUAAUGAAUAUUUAUAAAAAAAAAAUCACUCAUCCUUGAAUGAUAACUGAUUAUUUUUCUUAGUUCCAAAAGGAACUGCAUCCUUAUCGGAUAUAAUAACAGGCUGCAUAUUUUCUAAUUUCUAAUACUGAAAAAUCAUCUGAGGACUCAACUUAUUCUGCUAGGAGAUAAGCAGUAAAUGUUACACGGAACUAGAGCAGUUUACAUUUGUUAAUAACGAAUAUUGAAAAAUAAAAUAUUCAAGUGUAUUUUCCAGCAAUUUGAAAUAUUG